CGAGGAGGAACUGACGGCGUUUCUGAUUGGCCAAUUGUUGCAGGUUGACGAUGGCGAGCACGCGCUGCCCGCAGUGCUACCUCGGCAAGUGCAAGGUGCACGUGGCGGCCGCCGGCGCCGUCUCGGCCAAGGAGCUCGCGCUGCAGCGCAUGUACGACACGAUGGUUGGUAGCCAGCUGGCCAAGCUGCGCAAGGAGACGAGCGAAGCGACGCUCGAGGCCAAGUCGUCCCAGUACAAGGACGACCUUGACAAGGUCCGCGAGAAGAAGCGCAAGUCAUCCAAGAAAUCGUCAUCAAAAGCCAAGGACGUGCACAGCGGCAGCGGCCUCAACCCGCAGGCGCUCGCGGCCAUCUGCAGCAGCGAUUCAGACGAAGACAAGCGGGCCAAGAAGAGCAGCAAGAAGAAGGCCAAGAAGGCCAAGGACAGCAAAAAGAAGAAGCGAAAACGAUACGACAGCAGUAGCAGCAGCGACAGCGACAGCGACGACGACCGCCGCAGUGCCAAGAAGCGCCACAAGCGCCGCGACUAAGCCUGUCGCUGUUGAGAGACACGGCAAGACGAGGUCCUCAACGCCACUUAGAGAAUACUACUUGUCAAAACCUGAAGGACACAGACCAAGUCCACAAAUUCGUCUCAUUGUUGUUAGCUGUGUGAGUCACGGUUAACGACCUAGUGAGUGACGAUUAGCG